AUGUCUAAGACAGGUUCUACACGAGUCCGGCCAUGCAUGUUCUGUGAUAAAGAAUUACAAGAGUCUGAAUUAGCAGACCAUUUACUCAUAUGCGGUAAUAAAACCGAUGAAUGUCCUCGAUGCAGAAAGUUUGUUCGUCGAGCUGUGUUUGCCUAUCAUUAUGAAAAUCGCUGUGUCGAUCCAGACGAACUGGAGAAUGAAACAAGUGCUGCCUCGAAUCAGCGUAGCAUCUCGGAACGCAUACCAGCUAUAAGUAGCGCAUUACAGCAAAGCAAAAUCAUUAUUCGUUGUCAGUUCUGUCAUCAACAAUGUGAGAAAGUCGAACAAGAGAUACAUGAAAAUAAUUGUUUACGCAAUCCAAGUAAUGCCAGAGCAAAAAAACAACAAUCACGAAUCGAUCCCACCGCAGACUCUCAACUGGAUUAUGUCAAUCCUUCCAAUCAGUCCACUGAGAUUCCUUGUGAGUUUUGCAGACAAUUAAUUCAAUGGGAGCACUAUCAACAACACACAACAGCGUGUUUUCAACAAUAUGCCGAACGGCAACACAAUGAAUCCAGUACUGACAACCAAAACGUAGCUACCGACUUAAAGCAUUGUAAAUAUUGUGGAGACGAACCACAUGCAUUUUCUCUAUCAUUUCACGAGAAAAUAUGCCAGAAAAAUCCUGACAAAGCGGCUACUGAGGCACAGUAUCAAAAAGCUUUUCGUUUACCUUCGCUUCAAAGUGAAAGUUUAAAAGUAUCGCUUCUCUUCUUCCGAGUGACUGUUUUCAAACACCGUCAUACAAACAGACAAGGAAUGGCAACUAGAAAAGCGUCUUGCUGUAUCUGUGGAAAAGAAAAGGGUGGAGUUCGAUGUGAAGGUUGCUUGAGAAUUUUUUGUUUAUCGGAUUUUCCGAAGCAUCGAGAAGACCUAACCAAUCAACUGGAUGCCGUUGGAGUGAAACGUGAUCUAUUUCGACAAGCACUUACUGAUACACAAGUGGAACUGCUGGAACAGCAUACUUAUAUGAAAGAGAUUUCUCGAUGGGAAAAUGAUUCGAUUAAGAAAAUCCGACAAGUGGCAGCUGAUACUCGACAAACAUUAUCGCAACAUCUUCUUGAACAUUGUACUAUAUUAGAUGAUAAACUGCACAAGUUAACAGAUAAGAUAAAACAAAGUCAAGAAGAAAAUGACUUCUUUGAAAUGGAUCUUGAUUACUGGAAUAGAGAGCUAGAUGAACUGAAAGAACAACUUCUCAAUGUACCAAAUAUUGUGAUUCAAAAAGAUAAUGCACCAUUCAUUGCUAAAAUAAGUGUGAUGACACCAGUCGAGCAAAGCAAUAACACACGUCGCAAUACAAAACAUGAUGCAACUCAGAUGACCAACGCCGAAAACUAUUUCACCACAUGUCCAUUCUGUGAAGAACCACUGACAUCAUUCUCAAAGCGAGACCAUGUACUAAUCUGCGGUAGAAAAACAGAUGAAUGUCCCAAAUGUCGAAGAUUUGUUUCGCGGGCAGUAUUUGCGCGCCACUGUGCAAACGAUUGUGCUAAUCUGGAUGAAUGUUAA